UAUUGUAGUAAAAAAUGCAAAUAUGGCAUCUGGAAAUGCCAAGAGAUCUGCUAAAAAGCCAAAAAAUCGUAAAAAUAAGGUCGUUUUAGUAUUUGACGAAAAUAAGAGAAGGGAUUUCCUAACUGGUUUCCACAAGAGAAAAUUGCAACGCAAAAAAGAUGCCAAAGAGAAGUUUGAGAAAGAGCUGAAAGAAGAAAGGAAGCGAAUUAAAGCUGAAGCAAAAGAAUCUUACAAAAAACUAGUGGUUUCGCACAGACCGAUACCAGAACUAGAGAACCUUAUCAGCGAAGAAUAUGAGAAUGAUGACGUAACUGUUAAAGUCGUGGAGUUAGCGUCAAGCGAGAUAGCUAACAAGAAUCAUUGGAUUGGAGCAAACCAACCAAAAUAUGAUGCAAACGAAGAAGAAAGCAGUGAAGAAUCUCACAAUGAAGACGAGGAGGUUCCCGGAAUGGAAUUGAAGCCUAAGAAGAAGUCCAAAGAGAAGCAAACGGAGAAAGUAGAAUUUCAGACUGAAAAGGACGUGAAAAAGGCAUUGAAAAAACAGGCGACAAAGACAGUGAAAAAGAGUAAAGUGUUUCAAAUGAAAAAUAAAUUGGAACGUCAAAAGCAAAAGAAAAAAUCGCUCCAGAUGAAGAAACAGAGGAUGAAAUUUCAUAAGUCUGAUAAAGGCCACAGGAGGAAAAAAGGGAAUGAAUAAGUUUGUGAUUAUAUUUUGGGACAUACAUAGAAUUUAAACUUGUGGGAAAACACAAAAGUAAUGCACGAGUUGUAAUAUGUACCAUCGGAACGAAAAAAUUGAGAAUAAACAUGCUAAAAAUGUAAUAAAACUUACAUAAAUAAUUUAAUGAAAGGUCAGUGUGAAUUUCUUUGUCAGAUCAUAAAAUGUUUUAU